AGCCUGAAAAAGCAGGGUUUUACAUGCGAUGUCUGAAACACCGACAAGUUUUUGGGAAUCCGUGGAACCUUAACAUCGGCAGUACAUACACCAGCGGAGUGAUUUAAUUUCGAGCAUUGGAUUUACAUAAAUUUCAUUUCCCACAUGAUUAGGAUUUUGCAUGCUUUUUAUACAGAUGUAUUUGACAAUGUGUUAUUGUGGAAAGCGUAAACUGUUAAUGAUCACAACAAGUGCGGCGUCUUGUGGUGCCUUUGUCCUGCUUUCAAUAGCAUUAGCGACGGACUACUGGAUUAACACAGAAGAACGCAUCAAGGAUUCAAACGUCACUGAUGCAUACCGACACACCCACGCCGGACUCUGGAAGCUCUGCUUCACAGACAAGAUUAUCCCAACAAGCCACCCCUUAACGAUGGACAUGAAGCCACUAGAAGGAACAGAAAUUGGUGACUCAAGCCUUCGACAAUCACAAUGCAAAUACAUCAGUUAUUUUUCAUCAGGCGACAGGGAGGAUAAGACCACCACAGAAUUAGUAAUUGAUGCCAUGAGGAGGUCCACAAUCUUCCCCGUGAUCGCCUUACUCGUCAUCCUGCUAGCUGUUAUAUUAUGUUUCUUGGGCCAUUGUAACCAAAAGAAAAAAGUUCUGACAUUUUUGUCAGGCAUAUUCUUUGUCGUUGGAGGUUUGCUCGUCUUAAUCGGAAUUAUACUAUACAUAGGAGCUAUAACAGAAGAGUCUGGGACGAAACCUAAGGGGACAUUAAACGGUCCCAGAUUUAAAUAUGAAUACGGUACUUCUUUUAUGCUCUGUGUGGGAGCGUUUGCAUUGACAGAACUAUCUGGUGUUCUCUCCGUAUAUCUAUACAUAUCGAAGCAUAAACAUGCGUAUCGUAAGAAGCAAGAACAAUUAAAGCAUCUUAAACGCUUAACUACUAUGAUAGACUGCAAUAGUACGGAGACGCCGUUGACAAACCAUACAGCGGCAUUGCCACAUGGUCACCAGCGUCUCCGACGUGGAUCCCGCUCACGUGGGUCAUUAUCUCGACGAAAUUCGCUAAAUUCUCGUUCACGUGAUCAUUCUCCGACGCAUUCCGAGACUUAUUAUACUUAUACACCUGUAUCUGAUCACAAUAGUCGUGAGAUGUCAAAUUUCACUUUACAUAAGGACCCAUCUAGAAACACACUUGCUACAACAGUUGAUACACACAUAUCUCGUGAACACUCUAGCCAUUCAAUGGAUACCUUAAGGAGAACAACACCUGUGUAACGAUUGUCAGUUUUAGAAGAUUCAAAUCUACACAUUUUAAGAUGAAUCCUCAUUAUUAUAGUCUCAACCUCUACUUUGAUUAAGUUUUGAAUAAGCAUUUUAACGUAGGUUGUGAUUAAGUGAAGAAAGAUGAAAACGCUUUUCAUGGGUUUUGAACCCAGAGUGUGAUGGUUUAGCUACUUCGAACAUUGUUUGACGAAAAUAAUUGAAAAAUCAUUCUCAAAUUUUCAUCAUAACACUAAAUCCUUGUGAAUAAUAAGGGCUUUACCUUGUUUCACGCAUAUUAUAAACCGUUACAAAGAAGUAUUAAGCAACUUAAGCAUUAUUCUAAUAUAACCUGUCCGAAUGUGUGUUUGCAUUUCUGAUAAUUAAAACAAUUGGGGUUAACGAUCAAUACAGAAAAUAUUGACAUAGGUUUUUGAUAUGGAAAAAUAUGGAAAAAUCGAAUCGUUUGAUCGUACCGAGA